UUGCGUUUCCCCCCUCGGAGUAUAUAACAGAGGACUUGUCCCCAGACUGCAACAGUCGCUUUGCUGACCGCUGUGACAAUGAAAACUCCAGUUGCUCUUCUUCUGUCUGCUCUGAUCGGGGCAGCUGUAGCUGACAGCCGCAACAGCUACUCAGCCCCUGGACGAUCAUCUGCUGGAGGCUUUGCAGGUGCCGGAGCAGGUGGUGGUUUCUCCAGUGGAGGCUCUUCCUUCGGUACCUUCUCUGGUGGGUCUUUCGGUGGGUCUUCAGGUGGCUUCUCAGGUGGUAAUACUGGUGGAUAUUCCUCUGGCGGAUCAAGUGGCAGACCAGGAUCUGGAGGCUCGUCCCAGCCAUGGCCAUUUCCAGGCGUCCUGCAAGAGGCUGUUGGAGGAAAGAUAAACUUUGGAGGAGGAGCUCUAGGAGGAUCGGGAGCUGGAUUUAGCUCCGGUGGUUCAUUUGGAGGAGUUGGACAACAUGGAUCAGCUGGAGGUGGUUUUGGAAGUCACGCUGGAGGAUCCUCUGGAAGUAGCUUUGGAGGUUCCAGUGGCAGUGGAUUUGGCUCAGGAGGCUUUUCUGGGGGCUCUUUUGGAGGUGGAGCAUCUAGUGGUUCGUUUGCAGGAUCCAGCGGUGGUUACAGACCUCGCUACUAAUCUAAUAUCAUAUAUAAAGGUCGAAUUCCCUCGUUAGGUUCAAUGUGGAAAAAAUACUGAGUAACCAUUUUCAGAAACUUCUAAGCAAAUAAAGUACUAACCGUCCAA